CUGGCCCCCCGCAGGUGGUCGGCUCUGGUCUGACUGUACUUUCGCUACUCCACUAUGUAUUGUGCAUACGGAGCAAUCAGCGCAGAGAGUACAUGCCUACUAUGCCAUCCACACGAAGAAGAAGCUUCGCCGAGGGCCCCAUGGCGCUAGAUCCGAGUCCACGGCCCCGUCCGGCAGAAAGUGCCUGGCGUUUAGUGUGGCGGCGAGUUGCCGGGGGGGCGGCGCCAAGUCAUGCAAUCAAACAUUCAAAGACCCUCUUUGCGGCCCUGGCUUGAUCCGACGCCAACGGGAAUUUCUUGACGCCCUCGACUUCUCGCUUUCCUGGGCUUUCCCUCCCGAUUCACCUCGUCCUGCCCUGCCUGGCGCGACUCUCCCCUCCCCCCCUUCAUCACUGCUACCAUGGCCGCCAACGUGAGCUUCGUCUCGCCCACGGCAGAUGCCAAAGCAGCCCAAGUCCUGCAGGAUUUCGACACCAGCGGCCUCCUUUCGUCCGUCGUGACUGGCCUCACCGUCUGGAAGCUGGCCUUGACGCUAAUCGUGACUGCUGUCGCAUACGACCAGUUCAAGUACAUUUGGAACAAGGGCUCCAUUGUUGGCCCUUCAUGGAAGAUUCCCUUCAUCGGCCCCUUCCUUGAGUCGGUCAACCCAGACUUCAACAAGUAUCAUGAAAAAUGGUCGUCGGGCCCGCUGAGUUGCGUCUCGGUAUUCCACAAAUUCGUCGUCAUUGCCUCAACCCGCGACAUGGCCCGCAAGAUCUUCAAUUCGCCAUCAUUUGUCAAGCCUUGCGUCGUCGAUGUCGCCUACAAGCUCUUGCGCCCCGAAAACUGGGUUUUCCUGGAUGGCCGCGCCCACGUUGACUACCGCAAGGGCCUCAACAGCCUCUUUACUCGCCAGGCGCUUGAACAGUACCUUCCUGGCCAAGAGGACAUCUACAACAAAUACUUCAAGCAAUUCGUCCAUCUUUCCCAGGUUGAGAACAAGGGCAAGCACGUGCCCUGGAUGCAGGAAUUCCGUCUGAUGAUCACGGCCCUUAGCUGCCGCACCUUUGUUGGCCACUACUGCUCCGACGAGGCUGUCAAGAAGAUUGCCGACGACUACUAUCUAAUUACCGCCGCCCUUGAACUGGUCAACUUCCCAAUCAUCAUUCCUUUCACCAAGACCUGGUACGGCAAAAAGUGCGCCGACAUGGUUCUCGACGAGUUCUCCAAGUGCGCCGCAAAGAGCAAGGUUCGCAUGGCUGCUGGGGGCAAGAAGGAGUGCAUUCUUGACUUCUGGGUCGAUAACAUGAUUCAGUCGGAAAAGUACCGCAAGAGGGUCGAGGCAGGCGAAAAGGUCGAUGACUCCGAGAAGCCCGCUACCGUGAUCCGCUGGUUCAGCGACAUUGAAAUUUCCAUGACCAUCUUCACAUUCCUCUUCGCCUCGCAAGACGCCACCUCCUCUGCCGCUACAUGGCUGUUCCAGAUCAUGGCCGACCGACCCGAGUACCUUGGCAAGAUCCGCGAGGAGAACAUCAAGGCCAGGAAUGGCGAUGUCCACGCCUCGCUUUCCCUUGACGCCAUUGAGAAGCUCCAAUGGACUCGUGCCAUUGUCAAGGAGACUCUUCGCUACCGUCCCCCGGUUAUCAUGGUCCCCUACCUUGCCAAGAAGGAUUUCCCCGUGACGCCAGACUACACUGUGCCCAAGGGCUCCAUGGUCAUCCCUACCACCUACAUGGCCCUCCACGACCCCGAAGCUUACCCUAAUCCCGAGUCAUUCGAGCCUGAACGAUGGAUCACUGGUGACGCCGAUCAGCAAACCAAGAACUGGCUCGUCUUUGGCACAGGCCCUCACUACUGCCUGGGACAGACGUAUGCCCAAGCCAACCUCAUGUUGAUGAUUGGCAAGGCGAGCAUGUUGCUUGACUGGGACCAUAAGGUCACUGACCAGAGCGAGGUCAUCAAGGUUUUUGCCACCAUUUUCCCCAUGGAUGACUGCCUUCUUACAUUCAAGGACCGAGUAGCGGCAUAGAUGCUCCGAGCCCAGCCAUGUGAUGCGCACUUUAGCGAGUCUUGCUUGCAUUUCCAUGCGUAUGGUUGGAGGU